GCUUUAUAAAGGACCGGGAGCGAACAGGCUCUCGCCGCCGGUUUAGGGGUGCUGUCCGUGACUCGUGGUGCUGAAAGCACGGUGCGGUCAUGUGGUCAGUAUUGUUCGUGUUCCUGUCCUACCUGGACAGAAACUUCGUGAGAGGCGAAUUCCUCAGCCCCUUUCUAGCUGCGGAGAAGGACAGCAACGGGUUAUAUAACAUGCUCAACGGCACGUUUUGCACAAAGCGGUCCAACAUUGAAUCAGCCGAAGGGUUUAGGCUACUGCAUCAGGUGUCAGACGGCGUUGAAGAGGUCAGGUCUGUGCGCGACCAGGCGGGUGUGCUGGUCGACUGCUCGAUAAUCAGCGACCAGAUGCAGGUAAAGUCGUUCAUGCACCUGUGCAGGCUCGGACUCAGCGGUCAGAGGCACAACAGAAGACUCGGGGACGAAGCGGAGGCAGAGGCGAGUUCCGUUGAUGUUGCCGCAUCCAAAUCGAACUGCCUGUCAUUGCUCAAGGUCAAAGGCAGGCGCAAAAGCCAAGACAAAUCCUCUCCGGCCCUUAAAGAAAAGGAGAAAGGAUCAGAAGGGCACGCAAAGGAAGAGAAGGAGCCCGGAAAGAGUCUCCACCGGACGAAACGGGGCUUCACCUACCCGGGUACUUUGUGGUGCGGAGCUGGUAACAACGCCGACAACUAUGAUCAUUUGGGUGAGUUUGCAGAAACGGACAAGUGCUGCCGUGUGCACGACCACUGCCAGCACACCAUCCAGCCUUUCAGCUCCAAAUAUGGCCUCAGGAAUUACAGGUGGUACAUGAUCUGCCACUGUGACUGCGACAACGCGCUGAAGGAAUGCUUGAGAAAAGUCAACGAUACGGCGUCCAGAGUGAUUGGCCAGGCUUUCUUCAACGUGAUUGAGGUGCCAUGCUUUGAAUUCAGAUACGAAGAGCAGUGCGUAGAACGCGUGUGGUAUGGAUGGUGUAAUAAAUACGACUUGGUUGCGGUUGCAGAACUGAAGUCAUCAAUUCCCUACGACUUUGGCAACGUUGAUGUGAUUGACGAGCUUACACUGCCACCUCCGGUCCAAGGGAAACCUGACGAAAAUGCAAAACACGGCACACCAGACUCACCCACCUCUAGCACCACUGUGAACACGAAGAACGCUGGCCCGACCAGGCCAAGCAGCGGCGGUGGCAGCACCAGCACAGCAACGCCAGAACAGCCAUCGCUAGGCAACGUCGUCACAGCAGCAGAAGACUUUAUCAAAGUGCUGGCCACCGUUUCCACCUCGCACACAAGCUCAACUGAGGCUGCCAAGAAAGACACGGCUAAGGCUGACAAGAAGACAAAGAAGAAGAAGAAGAAAGUCAAGAAAAACAAGAAGAAAAACAAAGGCAAGGGACUGAAAAGGAAGAACAAACUCCAGAAUCGUUUUGAAAACCAGGAAGCAGUGUCCGUCGCACCUAACGCGGUGGGAGAGGUUAAAAUCAACAUUUUCUUGGGAGAGGACCUCAUGAAGCAGGACAAGGGAAACUUCAACACAGACAUAGUUAAUGAACUGGCAGGGAAAGAGUCGGACCUGGGUGGGAAACAGGACGUCUUUAAUGACGUGUUGAAUGACGAGCCACCAAAGGUAGCAGAGACCAGAACCCCAGAUCACAAGGAACCUGUGGUCAAAGUUAAAAAGAACUUUGAGUCAGAACCACGCCCAGAACCUGCUUCUGAGCCAAUAAAAAGGAAGAGGCUAGGGCGAAAAGGUAGAAAGAGAGUUGAACCCCGAGUCCUUCCUCCACCCACACGCCUCUCUGCUUUUGGAAACCGUACCCAGGUAUAUAAGUCCCUUACCUAGGCGCGAUAAACCCGAGGUAGCUUGGUCUCCCUUGGAAGACUGCUAUGAUGUCAUGAUGGUUAGUCAUGUUCUGAGGAGCUCUUGAAGUGUGAACCGAGAUACCGUUGUUAUUGUUUUGUUAUUUUUGGUAGUUAGUGACAUUUUUUAUCUUCUGCAAACAAUAAUAAAAAAUAGAAUUGCAUAUUAAA